GCCACGCGCUCAUCGCAUCCCAUCAUCCCCUGCCAAGCAAGACCAAAGGAGAGACCAAAGAGAACCGAGGCGAUAAAGAGAAAGAGAAAGCAAGGGAGCUGGGCCAGCUGGCACAGAAAGCGGAACAAGCCACCCAUUGAUUUUUCUCGCCCAAGCAAACAACGAAAAAACAAGAGGAAACCCAAGGAAAACAAUAGAGAAACCUAGGAAAACCAGGAACACAAAAGGAGGUAAAAUCAGAGGCCAGACCUCGCCACCAUUUCCAUAUGGAAAUGAAAAUGGCCGAGGCCCAGUUAACGCUCGAGUCCAAGGACUCCUCCUGCAACGUAGAAGGCCAGCUGCCGCCAGCUGGAUCCGAAGAGGAGCCAGAGGAACCAGAGGAUCCAGAGGAGGAGGAGGAGGAAGCCGAGCUGGAGCCCGAACAGGAGCAACAAGAACUCCUAAGCGAACGCUGGUCCCCGCUGGGCGCCAACUAUGACGAUGCCAACAGCGCCAGCUCGGGCGUGGACUGUGAACUGGAGCCGGGCCUGGAGAAGUCGGAGACGCGUCGUGGCAGUGCUGGCAGCGAGCUGGCACGCCUCCGUAGCAUUGAGGAUGAGCAGGAGUUGCUCACCAGUUCGCUUUUAGCUCUCACUUCCCAUUUCGCCCACGUCCAGCUGCGAGUGCGCCAGAUUGUGGAGGCUCCAGCGGAGGAGCGAGAUCAACUGUUACGCGAUCUAGAGGACUUUGCCUUCCAGGGCAUACCAGAUGCCGCUCAGCCCAAGGAGGAAGCUACGGUCAAGCAGGCCAAGCAGGAUUCCUCAGAAAAGGAAGCUGGCGCGGAUAGCCAACUUAUAGAGCAACUCAAGUCUCAGUUGACGGAACUGGAGCAGCUGGCCUACGAGGCGGGUGAGCCUGGCAUCCUGCCGCAGCAUGUGCUGCUCGAAAAGCAAAAGUUUAUCCUGGAUGAGCUGCGGGCCAAGCUUAAUCUUCAAGUGGAACAGCAUGAGCUGCCGGCCCUCAGCACCGAGCAGCUGCGCCAUCAGGUGGACAAUGCCAUUGGCGAGUUUGUGGGUCCCUUGAAGAUGAAGGAGCAGCUGGUGGCCCAGCUAAAAACCCAGAUAACCGAUCUUGAACGCUUCAUUGCCUUCCUACAGUGCGAUGCGGAUCAAAGCUCGGUGGGUGAUCGCUUAAAGCUACUUUCGGGUGCUUACAAUAGCUAUGCGGCCAAGCAGACAGCUCGCAGUGGCUCACAGAUUGCCCCUCCGCCCACGGCUCCUUCCCAAGUUGGAGCUAAAAACUCACCUGCCACGACAGCAGCUCUGCCUCCAUCGUCUAGUGGUGGUGGUUCUUCCUCUUCCGGCGAAAGUCUCCACAGCAAGGCACAUGGUUUGCUGGACAAGGCCUCGCUCCUGAUGCAAAUGUUUGCGAGCACGCAUCUGGUGAAGCCGCGACAUGACGAUUUCCAGCAGAAUUCGUUGAAGAAAACGCACAAAGGCAACCACUGGGGAGAUCUCCGCGCCCAAUUGGAAGUGGAUAUCCAGGAGGUGGCCGCCUUGGCUGCCACCUUGAGCUGCGAUCGCGAGAAACUGGCCAAUAUCAAGCGGGCUUUACGUCAUCAGCAACAGCAGCAGCAGCAGCAGGAGUCCUCGUCCUGCCCUUCCUCUACAAACCAGCAUCCAUCCAUUAAUGCCCAAAAUGGAGCACUAACCACCAUUCCGCCACGUUGCCGACGAGCUGUGCCCACUGGCCAUGAACUGGCCCCCUAUGCGGCCUGCGGUGGAGCCGUUUCCUCGGACUCCGAUGAGGACAUCAGCUACUCCAACUUCGAGUGGGAAAAGGAGGGCAAGAGCCGGCGUUUGCGUGGUGAUUCCAUAGCCACAAUUGGAAGGGAAUUGACCACAGUGGUACGGAAGAACUUUGCCCGGACGUUGCAGCAAUUGAUACAGCAUGGUUUAAGGAUACCAGCGGAAUCAGCGGCCUCCAGUUUGAUGGUGCCCUUUAUGCGAUGUCUGCAUCCUGGUCCACCGGCCGCUGUGAUACCUGCAGCUGCAGGAGGAGAUUCGCAGUUUAUGGGCCUGGGCAGGGCCAUGCAUGCCUGGGAAUUGGUAUUGGCUUACUACAGGCUAAAGCAUGGAGAGGAGUAUAAUAAUACGCCUGCCCGGAAGUUGUCGCAGAGCUUCCAGCUGGACAUAGUGGAUGCCCAGGCGGUGACGGCCAAGCAGAGUCUGCUCAGUGCUGUGGGCAUGAUCCUGGCCAUGCACAGGCCAUACAAGAGGAGUAACAAUGCCCACUUCAAGGCAUUUGUAUGUGCGGGACUCAACUCCCAUUUGCUGGUUGAGUGGCUGAAUUUGAUCCUGAGCUGCCAUGAGCUGGUGGACACAUACUACUCGUCAAGCAGCUAUGUGGCUCGAACAGGAUUCCGCGACUCCUUGCGCUCUAUUGAUGCUCUGUCCAGGUUUGACUUUGAUCUGCCGGUGGAUCUGGCCAUUAGGCAUUUCCGUAACAUCUGAUAACUUGUAU